UCAAGCAAAAGCAGGUGCGUGAUCAACAACGAUUGUUCCAGUUUCUUAUGCGCCUACGACCUGAGUUUGAAGCAUUACGUGGCCAACUACUCCAUCGAACUCCCUUCCCUACUAUUGAUGUGGCUCUCGCGGAAUUGAUUGCUGAGGAGACACGUCUUCGAGUUUUGAGUUCCUCUUCUUCCGCAAUGCCUAACGUUCUUGCUGCUCAUGGUCCUGCAAGUCCACCUCCCGUGCCAGCGCCUACUUAUCAUCAACCGCCUUCUAGUUACAUUCCAAAUCCUGGUACUAGAAAAGACAAACGAAGCAUUCAAUGUCGUUACUGUCAUCUUUGGGGUCACUCAAUUCAAGAUUGCCGGAAAAAGAAAUGGGCAGAUCAGCAUUUACGAUCCUCUCGUAAUAUGCCUACUGUUGCAUCUGCUCCUUCUGUUCCUCCGGUCAACAACGCGUCAUCUACAGAGCAGCAACCUUCAACUAUUCAAUUGAGUCUUCCUCAACUACUGCAGAUGUUUCAGCAACACCAAUUGACUCCAUCCACUUCGUCAGGGCAGUCCUCCUCUAUCUUUUCAUCUACGCCAUCAGGUUUUGGUAUGACUGGUCCUGGAGGAUCGUCGGACCGGGACUUUGAUUGGACAGGGCCAUAGACGUGACUGCCUGUACUACAUGGACUAUCUGCACCUUCCUCCUAAAAUUAAUUCAGCAAAUAUUGCUACAACUUCAAAUUCUGAUCUCUGGCAUCGUCGUCUCGG